AUGGCUGUCCCGUUUCUUCUUCCCCCUGUGAUUGAAAAUCUGAACUCCUUGCUCCAAAAUAAAGUGGCCUUGCUUUGGGGUGUCGACAAGGAGAUGAAAAAGCUUUCAAGCACUCUCUCCACCAUCCAUGUUGUUCUCGAAGAUGCAGAGCAAAAACAACUGCAAGACAAAGCCAUACAGACUUGGUUGAAGGAACUUAACGACGCAGCCUAUGAGGCAGAUGACGUCUUGGAUGAGUGGAAUAAAAUAAAAGCAAUUACAGGCAAGUUUGAUGCGAUUGCUGCUAAUCGUAGUAAAUUUCACUUGAAAGAAAAGCAAGUUGAAUAUGAUGUAAGCCGUGAAACCAGCUCCGUUAUAACUCAACCACAACUCUAUGGAAGAGACGUAGAUAAAGAGAAGAUUGUCAACUUUCUGGUCAAGGAUGUAUGCAAUAGUGAGGAUGUUUUUGUGUAUCCUAUACUUGGUAUAUGA